AUGAGACUGAACCCACUAACCACAUUGAUAUUAUACCCUUUUAUCUUUGCUAGCUCGACGUCCGCAAUCUGGGAUCCAUCUUCAUCCCUCCCCUCACGCCAACAGCCACUUCUCAAACAUCUAGAGCAUCAAUCAAUGAUGGACAAGAUUCUAUCUGGGCUCGUCCGGCCACAGCAGACAGCCCCAGACGAGGACGUGAACCCGGAAAGCAGCGAUAGCCCUAUUAUCUCAGAUGUGCUGCCCAAGACCAAGGCGAUCAACGUCUUUGCGCGAUUAACCCGUGACUUUGACGCAAUCGCCAAUCGGCUAAACGAUGGAUCCAAGAACAUCACAGUUCUUGCGCCACGCAACAGUGCGAUACAGAAUCUUCCACGGAAACCCUGGGAGAAUCCAGCAGACUAUGAGAAGUUCGGUGAGGUAAAUGCAUAUGAAGGCUCCGAUGGUCAGGACCGGGCAAAACGCAAUUUACAACGAUUUGUGGAAGCCCAUCUUAUCCCCGUUAGUCCUUGGAGGAUUGGGGAAGAGGUGGAAACUUUGGCAGGGGAGAAACUGACGUGGACCAAGGAUGGUGACAAGAUGUUUAUCCAGCCUGGCAAUAUCGAAGUUGAUUCGGUUGCAGAGAAGGUUCAUAAUGGCGAAGUUUGGGUCUUGAACAAUGUGAUCAAUUACCGCCAGGAAUGA